AGUUGAUGGCUUCUCACUUCCUACCCCUGCAUCCCAUCGCACCAGAGGGUGCCCCAGGCCUGCACUGAGCUGGGCAAGCAUAUUGCUGCAUUAGCUGGUCCCUGAGCCCUCGACCUCUGGGGGCUCCCUGGGAAGCAUCUGAUGCGCUGUGACGCUCAGGGCCUGACCCAUGCGCGUGCUGGUGACGUGCGGCUGGUGUCAUAGCCUUGACGCCAGCUCUGAACGUUCUGGUUUCUAGCGAUGAUUUAUGGACGGCCGGUGACAGGGAAAACGGCGGGUAGUGGCUUCCAAACCCGCUGUGCCUUUCUGCCGCGUCUGUGUCCGAGGCUGCCCCCUCCCCUUGUCCCUGGAGCGCUCAGCUGGAGGCGCCAGGGCUGAGGUGUGGGGGGAUGUUUGCAAUGAGAUCUGUGGUGCCUCCAUCGCAUGGAGAGGUCUCCAGCCUGGAGCAAGGAGGAGAGAGUCCCUGAUGCGGCUUCUGGGGCCGCUGCUCCUGGAAUUGUGUGUUCUGCACUGGCCCCUGGAGAGCCAGCUGCGGGGAGUUCGGAGGAGAGCUGCAGAAAUGCUCAGGGCCUGGAGAGCCAGAGCUGGAUGGCCAGACUGAAAGCGCCCCAUGUGUCUAGCGAAGGCAGCCAAGUAGGGGUGAAGGAGGGAGGAGCAGGGUGGAGCCCGGAGGAAGGGGAUGGAAUUCAGGCAGAGCUGCUCGGGUCGAAGAGGAAGCAGAAGCUGCUGUUAAUCCACCAGGCCCUAACGAGUGACCCGGUGGCCGUGGAGACCCUCCGGGGGGCAGCGUUGAGCGAGGGGGGGCUGCUCACCGAUGAGAUCCGCAGGAAGGUCUGGCCGAAGCUGCUUAGCGUCAAUGUGUACAACCUGCCUCCCAAGCCAGGCAGGGCUGUCCGCCAGCACCACAAGGACUACACCCAAGUGCAGCUGGACGUGAGCCGCUCCACACGCCGCUUCCCCCAAGGCAUGCGGGCCGAGCAGCGCCAGGUCCUGCAGGAGCAACUCAUCGACCUCAUCCUGCACAUCCUGAGGGCUCACCCCGAGCUGCACUACUACCAGGGCUACCACGACAUCGCCGUCACACUCCUGCUGGUGGCGGGCGAGCGCCUGGGCAGUGCGCUGCUGGAGAAACUCUCCACCCACCAUCUCAGGGACUUCAUGGACCCCACCAUGGACAGCACCAAGCACAUUCUGAACUAUCUCCUGCCCAUCCUGCAGCGGGAGAGCCGCCGCCUCCAUGACUUCAUGCUGAGAGCGGAGGUGGGGACGAUCUUUGCGCUGAGCUGGCUCAUCACGUGGUACGGCCACGUCCUCACCAGCUUCCCCCACAUCCUGCGCCUCUACGACUUCUUCCUGGCCUCGCACCCGCUCAUGCCUGUCUACUUCGCUGCCAUGAUCGUCCUGCACCGGGAGGAGGAGGUGCUGGCGUGUGACUGCGACAUGCCCAGCGUCCACCAGCUUCUGUCCCAAAUCCCCCAGGACCUUCCGUACGAGCGCCUCAUCUCCCGGGCCCUCCAGCUCUUCCAGCGUCACCCGCAUGCCGAGCUGGCAAAGCAGGCGGCUCUGCAGCACCACAAGAGCAUCUCCAUAGGCUCCUUCACCGCCUUCCAGCUGGCCACCUCCCAGCAGCGCCCGGACGCCGUGCUGCGCAGACAGCGACAGCGGGACAGCGCCCACGCCGAGGCCGCUGCUCUCCUGCCCACGGCCGGGCACAGCCUGCUGGUGAAAGCAGCCGUGUGGGGGAUUUCAGCCACGCUGGGGGCGGCGGCUCUGGCCGUCACACAGACUGCCCUGGAGUGGGCACCGGAGUUCUUACUGCAGCUCUUCUAGUGCCCGGCAAGCCAGCCAGGACCCUGCGGCCGGCGCCUGCACCGGGCCACGGAGCCGCAGCCCUCGCGCCUCCUCCCACUUAAUUUAUUGGACUGUCUCAAAGGCCUGGGCAGCCGAGUUCAGACAGGCUGUGCCCAGCUCAGAGCGGCCAGUAGCCAAAGCACUAGCCACAGCGGCACAGAACUGGGACAGGCCUUUCCUGCUGCUGCCUGAGCCACUCGUGGCCUGGAGGGGGCAGGGCUGGGGUUACACCCCGGCCGAGAGCCGGGGCUCGAACGCUGGGUCUCUCCCAUGGCUGGGGCAGGCCCCACCCCGGCUCUCAGGUGGAAGUGUAGAAUGGGGACCGCGGGGCGCCUGCAGGGGAACAGAGCACUGAUCCCCAGUCCCCCCAGUGGCCCCACAGAGUUUUCCCAGGUCCCUUUUCCCAGCCUCUGCCCGUGGGGCUGGCUGCUGCAGGCUGCCGGCCGUCCUGCUGCACAGGGGGAAGGUGUUUGCUAAGCACCAGCUGCCUGCGUGUUUGGGCGCAGGGCGCAGGAAGAGAGCCACCCCCGCUCGGAGAGGCCAGGCAGCCCUUCCUCCACUAGCAGGAUGGUGCGAGCGGCUGCCGGCUGCGGGAAGCGCUGUCCCAGCAGAGCGGCGGGGGGGCGCUGCAGGCCGGGGAUGGUGGAAGGCAGGGAUCACUGGAGUGAGGGGCACAGGCAUGAGCAGAGCCUGGAAAGCAGUGAGGAAGGGCGCCCCGCGCAGGCUGCACCAGGGGAGAGAGGCCUCGCCUAGAUCGCUGCUUCUCUCCUACUGCCUCCCUUGCACCCAGGGUCCUGGCGUCUCCUCUGUGCCUGCCUCGGCCCUGCCAGCCCGGCCCCUCAGCCAGGACGGAGGGACGCUGGGCCCAGAGUCUGGGACAGGCCCUUUACUCAGGGCUUCAACUUUACUUCUUCCACAUAAAGCCAGUGCAGCACAUCAGCGCCGGGAAAGCAGCCGGUGGUGCCUGCCUCCCCCUGCCAGUCCUAAGAGGUGGCAGCAGCAAGCGGGGCCGGCUGGGCUCCCCCCGCUGCUGCCUGGGAAGGGCACAGCCCCCGGAGCACUGGGUACGUGUGUGAAUAAAGUGCGUGAGCCUGGCCCCCUGUGUCUCAUUGGCAGGGGGGAGAGGAGUUGAGGGAAGCGGCUCCAAUGGUUAGAGCAGGGGACGAGGGUGCAGGAGGGCUGGGUUCUGCUGUCCCCUCGGCCUCUGCGACUGGUGCUUGAGUUAGGGGAGCUCAGUGUGAGCCCCCCGGGUCGAUUUCCUGGGGGCUGAGCACACCCCCUGCCCCGGUGCAGGCAGUGGCGGGUGCCUAGCACCCCUGACAGGCCCGAGUUGCCUGCCUGCCUCCCGGGAGCUGCCCCUGGGCAGGCAAGGAAGAGCUGGGCUGGGGGCUGUUCGCCCCUGGCCUGGGGUGGAGCCGCUCCCUGCUGGCUGAACUCACUGCUUCUCCCAGGGCGUUCUGGGUGGAGUUGUGAAGCCAGGCCCUGCGUGGUGCUGGAUCGUUAUGGGGUUGGGGUGCUCGGUGCCUGGAGAGCCUGUGCCACUGGCGUCGGGUACUUGACAGGCACCGCUGGGGCUGGCACGAAGCAGCCAUCGCCGCGGGGCAGGAGCUGCCGCUCCACCACUGCAGCCCCUCCGGGGAAACGAGGGGCUUCCGGGGCUGGACUGAGACCGUUGGAGCCGCGCUGGAAGCCCCACCCCACCCACGUAGGAGCCUUCCCACCCCGGCCAGGCUGGCUGUAACGGUGCUCAGGCAGCCUGGAGCUAGCCUGCCCCCCAGCCCUGUGCCCUGCUCCCCCCACCUGUGCCUCUCCAUCCUGCUGCCUGCCCCAGCCCCCUCUGGCACUGCCUGUCCCCUGCUGCCAGCCUCACCCCUCUCCGCUGCCUUGGCAGCUGUCUGGCCCUUGUGCAGUCUCUGCUCUCCUAGGUCUGGCUGGAGCGGCAGAGGUGGGAGUCCAGCCCCAGGGGGGCUUGGCCUUGGUGAUGCCAGCAUGUGGCUGCGCCCCGGGGAACUGUCCGACUGCUGCAUGUGAGGCGCUCAGCCCUGCCGUGGGAGUCCCCAACAGCCCACCCGCUCCAGGGCCCAGCCUGUUAGAGGUGCCUCGUCCCCUCGACACGGGACCCUCUGCCAGGUCAGGCCUGCUCCGUGCAAUGCGCCAGCGUGGUCUCAGCCCCGCCACUGGCUGACACCGGCCCAGCGGUGGUUCUACAUGGUCUCCAGCCGCCUGGCAGCCCCAAUCAAAGGCGCGUCUCACUGACGCUGGGACGGCCGUGUCCAGCGGGGUGAGGGGCAUUUAAACGGGAGGAGGACAGCGGGGUGAGCCCAGAGCUGGUUGAGCAGAGCCACAGCAUUGCACUGGGAGUUCAUGUUCAGCUGAUUAUGCAUCACCACCCCUACAUCUUUUUCAAAGUCGCUGCUUGAGGACUUCAGUAGCUCAGACAUAGUCAGGGGUUUGUUACAGGAGUGGGUGGGUGAGAUUCUGUGGCCUGCAGGAGGUCAGACUAGGUGACCAUAAUGGUCCCUUCUGACCGUAAGUCUAUGAAUCUUCCCAGGAGAGUCCCCCAGCCUGUCAGUGUGGCCGACAGCCUUUGUUCCCAGAUGGCUACGUUUACAUUUAACCACAUGAAAACACACAGUGUUUGCUUGUGCCCUGCUUACCAAGUGGCCCAGAUCACGCUGUGUCAGUGACCUGUCUUCUGCGUUCUCUCCCAUUCCCUCAAUUUCUGUGUCAGCUGCAAACGUGAUCAGGGAUGAUUUUAUGUUUUCUUCCAGCUCAUUGAUAAAAAUGUUAGUGUAGGGCCAAGAACCAAUCCCUGUGGGACCCUGCUAGAAACCCACCUGCUCAAGGAUGAGUCCUUGUUUACACUUACCUGUUGGGACCUAGCCGUUAGCCAGCUUUUCAUCCAUUCAGUGUGUGCCAAGUUACAUUUAUAUCAUUCGAGUUUUUUAAUCAAAAUGUCAGGAGGUAUCAAGUCAAUGCCCAAUAGUCUAUGUACGGUGCAUCAGCACUAUUACCUUUUUCAACCACAUUUAUAAUCUCAUCAAAAAAAUAUCAAGUGAGUUUGACAGGAUCUAUUUUCCAUAAACCCAGGUUGAUUGGCAUUAAUUAUAUCACCCUCCUUUAAUUCUUUAUUAACCAAGUACCAUAUCGGCUGCUCCACUAUCCUCUGGGAUAGAUGUCAGAUUGACAGGCCUCUAAUUACCAGUUUACCCUUUUUAGAUAUUGGUGUAACAUCAGCUUUCUGCUAGUCUUCUGGCACUUUCCUGGAAUUCUAAAACACUGGGAAUCAACAUGAAUGGUGCAGUGCGUACCUCAGCCAGCUCUUGUAAAACUCUUCUAUGCACGUUACCUGCUGAUUUUUAAAUGUCUAACUUUAGUAGCUGCUGUUCAACAUCCUCCUGAGAGACCAGUGGACUGGAAAGGGCGUUAGAUGGGAUGACUACAUCUUUUUUUGACAGAACAAAAAUAUUUAUUGAACUUUUCUGCAUUAUUAUUGAUAAGUCUACAAUUUCCAUCUAGUAAUGAAUGGACUGUUCUUUUUGUUCCUAAUAUAGUCCUUGUUGUCCUUAAUUCUGCUGGCCAUAGAUUUCUCCUUGUGUCCUUGUACUUCCCUUAUUCAUUUUCUAUAAUUCCUAGUUUCUGAUUCAUAUUCGUUAUUAUCAACUUCCCCUUUCUGUGCUUUGUUACGUAUUUUCUAGCUGCUGUUACUCUCCCUCUCAACCAGGGUUUUUUUAACCAAUAGAAUCAUGACCUGCUGCUUUGAGACCCUUCUUGCCGUUUCAGCUAAAAGAGGCCAAGGACUGAAUGGCUACACAGGGACUGAGCCCGCCCCCCACCUCCUCUUAUUGUUGUUGGAGAGUUCUGGAUUGACAGCUGUGGAUACCCUUGAUGUGCCUUUACAGAGCGGCAAAGCUGCUAGUUAAUGUCAUAGAAUCAGAGACUAUCAGGGUUGGAAGGGACCUCAGGAGGUCUGUGCCUUUGCUGUGGGGUGAGGCCUUUAGCAAUUUCUGCUCCUUUUUGACUGCACUAAACCCGCUUUACAAGAAACAAGCACAUUAAGAAUGGCGAAAAUAAAAUGUAGGGGUUUCUUUUGUUUUAAAUAAUUGAUUUGAACUGGCCGCCCUGAUGGGUCCCAUUAACAUUCCAUUAGUGCUGGGUAAGAUAUGUGAUCAUUUCUGGAAACUUUAAAAGAAUUUCCACCCCUUGCCUUGUGCUAGACACUUAGCAGGUAGGUAAUAAUGUUCUGAGCACUGCAUGUACCCUGGUCAGUGAGGGGAUGUGAGUACACGCUGGGCUAGUGAAAUAUUUAUUUAUACACCUAUAAUGCUCCAAUUCAGGGGGGCCUCGACAGUCAGGUGACAGCGGCUUCCUAGAUAUACACACACACACACACACACACACACACACACACACACA